AUACUUAAAGAUCAGAAAUAUUUGUAUGAUAAAAAAUCUGAUGUAUAUAGUACUGGCGUAGUUUUGUGGGAGAUUUCCAGCGAUGGACGCGCUCCAUUCAACCAAGUAGAUUCCCUUAAUCAGGUACUAAGAAUUAUUCAAGGUUCACGCGAAGAACCAGUCACAGGAACACCCACACAGUAUAUUAAUCUUUAUUCGAAAUGUUGGGAUGAUGAACCGAAUAAUCGUCCUUUAAUGAUGCAAAUUGUUCAACAAUUGAAUUCCUUGGAAUUAGAUCCUAAAUAUAAUAGCAUAAAUUAG